UUAAUCUCUACGCUUCUCUCUCUGCAAUUACUCCUUGAGAGCAUCUCUUUCUAGAACAUUGAGUGUUGCUGACUUGAGCGUCGGAGUGUUUACCCCGAGGAAACAACCUCGGGAUUUUCAGGUGUAGAAGCAGCGGAGGACUUCAACAGUGUUGAACUGCGAAGCUGCCGAAACAUUGGCGCCAUCUGUGGGAAUACAUACAAGGAGUCGUGUAGCUUUACUUGCUGAAAGAUAAUAUGGUUCGUACCUUUACAGGAGGUCGCCCUCCAAGAAAUGAAAUGGAUGAACAGGAGGACACUCACGUAUCUGAGCCCGGCUUGAAUGACUUUAGGCCAAUGCCAAGAAAUCUUUUUGUAGGAGGAGCCGAACAGGAUCACCUAAGUGAGACAGAUGAUGAAAGAACACCAACUGGGUCAACAGAACCUGCUCGGACAACCGAGCUCGAAGAGAGAACUAGAGUUCUCAAAAUGGCAAUGGGUAAAAUCCUUGCCCGUUUAAUUCUUGAUGACCCCUUGAUUCCUUUGCUGAACAGAGAAGCGCAACCGGCCGCGGUUAUUGCAACUCGAAACUCCCCCGCUCUCAGCAACAUAGUAGUGCCGACUAGGCCAAGGGGAAGCGGGAAGUUGAAUAUCGAGCCCAGCUCGUCCAAACAUAGUGAAGAACUGAUGAGAAAAAACACAGACCUUGAAAGACAGUUGCGGGACGUACAAAAAUCUAUUGACGAGCUGAAAAGUCCCAGGUCGCAUCAACAGACUUUGGAUUUGGAUAGUGCACCACUAAACUUGUCCAUUACGGUGGAGCCGUAUCAAGAGGGAUUCAAAAUUCCCCACCUGGAGACAUAUGAUGGCUCGGGUGACCCUGAUGAACAUCUGCACACCUAUCAAGCCAUCAUGAGAAUCCAAAACGCCAAUGAUGCUAUGAUGUGCAAAGUGUUCCCAGCAACACUCAAGUCAACAGCCAGGAGAUGGGAUUACAUGCAGCGGUUCAACAAAGCCACCUUGGACAUUGAUAACAUCCCAGACACGAUCUGCUUGUCCGCCCUGUUACAUGGGUUGAAGCGUGGCCGGUUUCCAGACGACCUGCUUGAAAACCCACCAAAGACGUGGAACGAGGUGAAUGACAGGUCGGCCAGCUUUAUACUGUCAGAGGACUUUCAGUCGUCCAAGCGACGAGCUGAUGACAAGCCGAGCAAAGGCCAGGAACAACAACCGAGAAGAGAAGAGAAGAAGAAACAGAAGGUCAGUGAGCAAUGGGGGAAACUAGCGGAGUUCCCGAAAUAUGCCAAUUACAUUCCUUUGACCUUACCCAGGUCUCAAAUCUUGGCACAAAUCCAGCACUGGGUUAGGAGACCCCCACCCCCAUUGCAUGAUUCCCCUAAGGCAGACAAGAGCAAGCAUUGUGACUACCACCGUGUAUAUGGUCACAAUACAGAGGAUUGCCAACACUUGAAGGACGAGUUGGAGUUUUUAGCUCGUAACGGGAAGUUAGAAGGGUAUGUUCAGAAGCCUCACACCCAGCAACCCACUCAAACCCAUUUCGUGCAGGCAUACGACCGACCUCAAGGGCAGAGGUAUCAGCACGGAGGGACGCAGGAUGUAUAUCAGGAUAACCAGUACCCUUCUGAGCAGGGCAGAGCAUACCGAGGACGUCCGUUCAACAGGCGAGGACUGGGGCCGAGAACUACCGCCCCGAAUAAAAAAGACAGGAAAGGGGUAGGUUAUGCGGGGAUACCCCCACCCUCUGGAACCAUAAACAUGAUAUCAGGUGGUGUUCACUCUAGGGGCCAAAGCGCCCGAGCUCGCAAGGCAUACGCCCGACAGGUGAUGACUGUAAACAAAAAUAGACCCUUGAAACGGCCAUUUGAGGAAGCAGAAUGGGAGAAUACACCUAUCACAUUCAGCCCGGCAGAUUACAAACGAGCAGAAGCAGAGCCUGACAUUAUGAUGCCUCAUGCCGAUCCCUUUGUGGCAACAGUUCAUAUAGGCAAUCAUAAUGUCAAUAAGGUGUUUAUUGACACUGGUAGUUCGCCAGAUAUCCUGUACUGGGGUUGCUUCCAGAAGAUGCAGCUAAAUCCGAGCUCGCUGCAGAAGCACGAAGGGCCAAUAUACGGGUUUGAUAACCAGCCUGUCCCGGUCGAGGGAGUUAUCACUCUUCCUAUAUAUGUCGGCUCAGAACCGCGCUUCAGGAUGGCUUCCGUCACCUUCUUGGUCGUUAAGAUGGAAUCAGCUUUCAAUGCUAUAUUAGGACGAGCCACCCUGUGCGAGCUGAAGGCUGUCAUCUUGCAACCCCAUCUCUGCAUGAAAUUCCCAACUCCUCAGGGAGUAGGAGUGCUGCAGGGGAAUCAAAAGAUGGCUAGAGCCUGUUAUCAAGACACAUUCAAGAAGGUCGAGCUCGCCGCACCCCUAGCAUGUGCUGAAGGCCGCAAGCCAACCCAGCUCGCUCAGCAAACAAUGAGCAUUUCAGACAUUGAACACCGACCUGAGGGUGUCGAACAGAAAGCAGAACCAGUGGAGCCGAUAGAAACGGUCCCUCUAAACCCUAUUGUGCCAGAGAGAACGGUCAAGAUUGGCACCAAACUCACAGAGGAGGAACGGGCAGAGCUCCUGGAGUUUUUGAGGGACAAUCAAGACGUGUUUGCGUGGACUACGGAUGAAAUGCCGGGCAUUCCCGCAGAGUUGACAGUCCACAAGCUAAGCACAGACCCCACUAAAAGGCCAGUGGUGCAAAAACGUCGCCUUUUUGGCCCCGAGAAACAAGCUGCAAUUGACGAAGAGAUACAAAAGCUGCUACAGGCAGGUUUCAUUAGAAGAGUGGAGUACUCUGAGUGGGUAUCUAACCCCAUGCUCGUUAAAAAGCCAAAUGGCAAGUGGAGGAUGUGCAUUGAUUUCACUAAUUUAAAUGAGGCGUGCCCAAAAGACGCUCAUCCUUUGCCAAAUGUUGAGAAGCUAGUAGAGCAGGCAGCCGGACAUGAGCGGAUGAGUUUCCUGGAUGCCAGCUCAGGUUAUCACCAGGUUCAGUUGUUGUUGGAAGAUCAGGAGAAAACGGCCUUCUACGCUGGUGACGCGAUUUACUGCUAUGUGAUGAUGCCGUUUGGUCUGAAGAAUGCUGGUGCAACAUAUCAGAAACUUGUACAAAUCAUUUUCAAGCUCCAGAUCGGCAAAAACAUAGAAGUAGAUGUGGAUGACAUGAUAGUCACCAGUGUACGGGCUGAAGACCACAUAGGCGACCUAAGGGAGACCUUUCAAAACUUGCGCCGAGCACAAAUGAAGCUGAAUCCCCUGAAAUGCACAUUUGCUGUAGAGUCAGGAAAAUUCUUGGGAUAUGUGGUAUCCAAGAAAGGAAUUGAAGUAAAUCCAGAAAAAGUUGAGGCUGUUCAGCAAAUGGAGCCGCCAAUUGCGCUGCACAGAUUUAUAGCCAAGUCGGCAGAAAGAUGCCUUCCAUUCUUCAAGGCCCUGCGAGAGCCCAAGAACUUUCAAUGGACCGAUAUGUGUCAGCGGGCUCUUGACGAGCUCAAACGAUACCUAGCGUCAGCACCCCUGCUGUCCAAGCCUGUGGAAGGGGAGAGUUUGUACCUGUAUUUAGGGGUUACAGCAGAGGCGAUUAGCUCGAGUGCAUCUCGGCGACUAAAGAAGAAAAAGCACCCGAACAACCAGUCUGGGUCUUGUACGUUGAUGGAGCCUCUAACGUUGAAGGAGCGGGUGCAGGGGCUGUGCUGCCCUCAUCUACGGAUUGAAGUUGGCGACGAGCUGAAGGCACUGAGCAUUCAGGUUUUUAGCGACUCUCAGCUCGUUGUAGGCCAGGUGAAAGGCAGCUAUGAAACGAGGGAUCCACAGCUUGCUCGUUAUGCCUCCGUGGUUAGCAGAUUAAAGGCAAGAUUUGCAUCUUUUCAGAUCGACAAAAUACCCAGGGCGGACAAUCAACGAGCUGACGAGCUGUCUAAGUUGGCCUCCUCCACAGACCCCUGUUCACCGAGCUGGACCACCCCGCUCAUAAGUUAUCUGCAAAGUGGCGAGUUACCUGAAGAUCAAUCCGCUGCAAAAUUGAUUAAACGCAGGGCGACACAUUUCACUUUAUUAGAUAACCAGCUCUACAAACGAGCAGCCUCUAUGCUCCUAUUACGCUGCCUUACUCCUUACGAAGCUGAAUACGUUGUGAGGGAAGUUCACAAAGGAGUAUGUGGCACGCACAUCGGUGGCAAAACUUUAGCUCGGAAACUACUAAGGCACGGUUAUUACUGGCCCACUAUGGUCGAGGACGCACAGAACUAUGUCAAAAAGUGCCUGACCUGCCAAUUCAAUGCCGAUGAUAUUCACAAGCCAGGUAUCCGAGCUCGUUCUACAGCUUAUGCUAACCUAGUGACUGUCUAUGAACUGAGCAUAAGUACCUUUCUUGAAACAGGGGAAAUGCUAUCAUCCCUUACGUCUCCCUGGCCUUUUGCUCAAUGGGGUGUCGACCUGCUCGGCCCUUUCAUCAAAGGCAAAGGAGGCUGCACUUUUCUGGUCGUCGUAGUGGAUUACUUCACUAAGUGGAUAGAAGCUAAACCGCUGUCCACGACAAUAGAAAGAAAAAUAGAAGAAUUCUUGUUCAAUUCAAUAUUGUGCAGGUAUUCUUUGGUGACCGAGGGUAUAAAUAAAAUAGAUGCAAACGUGAUUUGCAGCUCACCUUGCUCAUCUGUGUGGGGGUUCGGCAUACCUAAGCGGAUUAUCGCUGACAAUGGGCCACAAUUUCGAGCAGCAGCACUGAGGUCGUUUUGUAACGACUAUGGCAUUGAGCUCGCCUUGACAUCUGUGUACACUCCACAGUCCAAUGGGCAAGCCGAGUCCGCCAAUAAAAUCGUCUUACGGGGACUCAAAACGCGUGUUUUGGCUGCGCAUACUAAUUGGGUUGACGAGCUCAAUAAAGUGCUGUGGUCAUGUCGUACUACACCUAGCUCGGCCACAGGCGAAACCCCGUUCAAUCUGGCAUAUGGAGCUGAGGCUGUUAUCCCCGUCGAGGUCGGAUUGCCAUCCGAUAGAUCAGAUCGUCAUGACGAUCAGAAUAAUGAACAACUCUUAAGAGAAAACCUAGACCUUGUGGAAGAAAUCAGGGAGAUGUCCCGAAUAAGAAACAUGGCACAUCAAAGUCGUGUCGUAAAAUUUUACAAUAAAAGAGUUCGAGCUUGCCAGUUUCAAGUCGGCGAUCUGGUCCUACGUAAAGCUGGGCUAACUAACACCCAUUCGUACAUGGGCAAGCUCGCUCCUAAUUGGGAAGGCCCUAUAUGGUUGUUCAGGUUAAAUGACCUGGCUCUUAUGUAUUAGUAGAUAUACAGGGACGUCACUUGCCUUACAUUUGGAACAUAUAGAAUCUAAGAAAAUUUUACAGUUAAC